GGCUCGGUCACGGAGAUAAAGCGUCUUGACGUUAGUGACGAAAAUUUUCCCGUGACAACCGAUAGAAAUACAGCCCCCAUAGAAGUGUUCCUGCUGCCUGGAGGAACAUCUUAUCACGCUGUUUUACUUACUGAUUAAGUGAACACUGAAGACCAUGAACUGGUUUGAAGGCUCCAUCCCCGAGGCCAUCGCUGCAGCCAAGACCAGGAAGGCAAUAUUUGUGGUGUAUGUUCGGGAUUCGUCUGAAGCCUCCAAGACAACAGAUGAAGUAUUGUCUCGGCGGGAUGUAUUUGAGACAAUGGACAAUGGAUGCUUCGUGGCGAUAAAACUUGAAAAUGGAACUGAGGAUGCCAAGCAGUUUUCACAAAUAUAUCCACUUGUGUUGGUGCCUUCAUUGUUCUUUAUCAGUGGGCAGACAGGUGUGCCACUGGAGGUUCUGGGUGGGCCACUCACCCAAGAAAAAUUGAAGCAGAAGAUGAACAAACUCAUUUCAGACACUAAGUUGGCAGCAGACACCAACUCGCCUUCUCCCAGUGCCUCAGAGGUUGCCAAAGCUCCUGAAGAUGGUGGAGGGAGCAACAGUAACAAAGAGGAAGUGGCAGAGGCAUGUGCUGCACCCCAGACUUCAGCUGCCCUGCCAGAGCCUGCCACUGAGGAGGCCAAACCAAUGAAUGAAGCAGCAGUGGUUAGCCCUGAGGCAGUUGUCCAAGAACAUGAGGCUGCUGAGGCUUCUGGCACAGCAAGUGAUGGGGAAGGCUCUGGCCUUUCACUUGAAGAAAAGGUAGAGAGAGCCAAAGCUUUGCUAGCAGAGAAACAAAGCUUGACUCAGAGAGAGAAAACUGAGGAAGAGCGACGGAAAGAGAUUGACCGCAGAAAGAUGGGCCAGGAGAUGGCGAAGAAAAGACAGCAGCAGGAAGAUGAGGAGAUCCGGGCAGCAGCCAGGGAGAGGAGGAAGGACAAGGAGGAGGACAGGCUUGCCAGAGAAAGGGUUAAGGCACAGAUUGCUGCAGACCGAGCUGAGAAGGAGGCCCGAGCUGCUUUGCUGAGGGGGGAGGCGCCAGCACCCAGUCAGGCUCCGGCGCCCAGUGCAGCUCCUGCACCUCAGCCUGCAUCAUCAAGCAAUAUAUCAAGGCUGAAGUUCCGCCUCCCUGAUGGAUCCUCCAGCAUAUCCCAGUUCCCUGCUGAGGCGCCCCUGAGUGAGGUGCGACAGUACAUAGAGCAGAAUGUGACGCUUCCCUUCUCCACCUUCACACUGGCCUCCACCGUGCAGCAUAGACCCUUCACAGUGGAUGACUACAAUACCUCACUCAGAGACUUGGGCCUUGUACCUUCAGCCAUAUUAGCUGUUCUACCUAGUACCUCCUCUGGGCCUGGUCGGCUUGUGUCAACUGGAGGUGGUAUAUGGGACAUGCUGUGGUUUGUGUUAACUCCCAUUACAUUCCUGUUUGGUCUAAUACAAACGUAUCUCCUUGGAAGAAGAGAGCCAUCUACAGAAAGAACAGAUGAGCCUCAACCCAAGAGGCCUCGGGAGGAUUCCUCACCAGUCACCCGACAGAGACCAACAACGGCCUAUGGGAGGCGUGGUGAGGCCCGCUUCCGUCAACAGGGGAACAUCCAUCGUCUCCAAAAUGAUGGUGAGGAUGAUGAUGAAAAUAACACCUGGAAUGGAAACUCGACUCAGCAAAUGUAGGACUGUGAGAGUCAUUAAAAAGAUUUUCUUUGCAUAUAAAUGUUAGUUUUGUUGAUCAAUUAUUACUUUUUUACUAUCAGUUAGAUUUCCUCUUACUUGUUAUUUUCUUAUUUCUUGUUAUUAUUAUUAUUAUUA